GCAGCCGGGAAGUUGGGCGAAGGGCACUGCUCCCGCCGAAGCGGCGGCGGCUGGGCCGGACGUGCCACUCAGGUGUCCGCUGAGCUUCCGGAGAGAGCUCGGGGCGCACACCAGGCUCGGAGGAGGAACCGGCUGGGCCGCUACAGAGCGCGGCGCGGAUUUGCACCGCAGGCAGAGAAGGAGCAAACGGCUGGCCAGGCGGACGCACGGAGGAAGAAAGCGGCGGCUGCGGCCUCGGGCAAAGGCGGAUCCUGUCCGCUCGCGACCUCGGCUGGAGGCGAGCAUGAGAACCCGGAGCCCGAGGGGAGCCCUCCGGGCUUGAGCGGGCCCCGGUUCAGCAAGCAGCUCGUCCCCAGCCAUCUUGACUGCGGCCCGGGCGGAAACUUGCUGCUGCGGCGCCACCCGCCGCCGCUGCGCCCCGAGCCCGCCAGCGUCCCAGCCGCAGAGGGGCCCGGCGCGCGUUAGGGGGAGCGAGCGAGCGAACGAGUCGGGGCGAUGCGCCGGGGCCGGGCCGCCCUGCUCCGCGAGAGCUGAGCGCGGGCCUGCGGCGAAGCGGAGAGGAGGAGGCGGAGGAGGCGCCGGCCCCGCUGGCGGCGGGGGGAGACCCGAGGGCGCGCAGCAUGGAGUGGAGCUACCUGUUGGAAGUGACCUCGCUGCUGGCCGCGCUGGCGCUGCUGCAGCGCUCGAGCGGCGCUGCGGCCGCCUCGACCAAGGAGCUGGCGUGCCAGGAGAUCACCGUGCCGCUAUGCAAGGGCAUCGGCUACAACUACACGUACAUGCCUAACCAGUUCAACCACGACACGCAGGACGAGGCGGGCCUGGAGGUGCACCAGUUCUGGCCGCUGGUGGAGAUCCAGUGCUCGCCCGACCUCAAGUUCUUCCUGUGCUCCAUGUACACGCCCAUCUGCCUGGAGGACUACAAGAAGCCACUGCCGCCCUGCCGCGCCGUGUGCGAGCGCGCCAAGGCCGGCUGCGCGCCGCUCAUGCGCCAAUACGGCUUCGCCUGGCCCGACCGCAUGCGCUGCGACCGCCUGCCGGAGCAGGGCACCCCGGACACUCUGUGCAUGGACUACAACCGCACCGAUCUCACCACAGCCGCGCCCAGCCCGCCGCGCCGCGCGCCGCCCCCGCCGCCGCCGCCGCCGCCGCCUCCGGGCGAGCAGCCGCCGCAGCCCUCGGGCAGCGGCCACGGCCGUCCGCCGGGAGCCCGGCCCCCGCACCGCGGUCGGGGCGGCGGGGGCGGCGGGGACGCCGCGGCGCCCCCCGCGCGCGGCGGCAAAGCGCGGCCCUCUGGCGGCAGCGCGGCGCCCUGCGAGUCGGGCUGCCAGUGCCGGGCGCCCAUGGUGAGCGUGUCCAGCGAGCGGCACCCGCUCUACAACCGCGUCAAGACGGGCCAGAUCGCCAACUGCGCGCUGCCGUGCCACAACCCAUUCUUCAGCCAGGACGAACGCGCCUUCACCGUCUUCUGGAUCGGCCUGUGGUCCGUGCUGUGCUUCGUGUCCACCUUUGCCACUGUGUCCACCUUCCUCAUCGACAUGGAGCGUUUCAAGUACCCCGAGCGGCCCAUCAUCUUUCUCUCGGCCUGCUACCUCUUCGUGUCCGUCGGUUACCUGGUGCGCCUAGUGGCCGGCCACGAGAAGGUGGCGUGCAGCGGCGGCGCGCCGGGCGCGGGGGCCGCGGGCGGGCCCGGGAGCGCGGCGGCAGCGGCGGCGGCGGCUGGGGGCGCGGGGGGCGCGGGCGGGCGCAGCGAGUACGAGGAGCUGGGCGCCGUGGAGCAGCACGUGCGCUACGAGACCACGGGCCCCGCGCUAUGCACCGUCGUCUUCCUGCUCGUCUACUUCUUCGGCAUGGCCAGCUCCAUCUGGUGGGUCAUCCUGUCGCUCACCUGGUUCCUGGCAGCUGGCAUGAAGUGGGGCAACGAGGCCAUCGCUGGCUACUCGCAGUACUUCCACCUGGCCGCCUGGCUUGUGCCCAGCGUCAAGUCCAUCGCCGUGCUGGCACUCAGCUCGGUGGACGGCGACCCGGUGGCGGGCAUCUGCUACGUGGGCAACCAGAGCCUGGACAACCUACGCGGCUUCGUGCUGGCGCCGCUGGUCAUCUACCUCUUCAUCGGCACCAUGUUCCUGCUGGCCGGCUUCGUGUCGCUCUUCCGCAUCCGCUCGGUCAUCAAGCAGCAGGGCGGCCCCACCAAGACUCACAAGCUGGAGAAACUCAUGAUCCGCCUGGGCCUCUUCACCGUGCUCUACACCGUGCCCGCCGCCGUCGUGGUCGCCUGCCUCUUCUACGAGCAGCACAACCGACCGCGCUGGGAAGCCACUCACAACUGCCCGUGCCUGCGGGACCUGCAGCCCGACCAGGCGCGCAGGCCCGACUACGCCGUCUUUAUGCUCAAAUACUUCAUGUGCCUCGUCGUGGGCAUCACGUCGGGCGUCUGGGUCUGGUCCGGCAAGACGCUGGAGUCGUGGCGCGCGCUCUGCACGCGCUGCUGCUGGGCCAGCAAGGGCGCGGCGGCGACUGGCGGCGGGGGCGCGGGCCUGGGCGCACCGGGGGCUGCAGGAGGUGGUGGCGGCGGCGGCGCGGCGGGGAGCGGGGGACCCCCGGGCUGCGGAGGGGGCGGGGGCUCGCUCUACAGCGACGUCAGCACCGGCCUGACCUGGCGCUCGGGCACGGCCAGUUCGGGCUCCUACCCGAAGCAGAUGCCCCUGUCCCAGGUUUGAGCGCCCCAAGUGAUGAUGGGGGCCUCCCUCCCGGCUUCCCCGCUGUUGACUGCUAUUAGCAUGAUAAUGAACUCUUAAUGGUAUCCAUUAGCUGGGACCUCCAGGACUCGCUGAGAACCUGGCGUUACAGCCGCGCCCCCACGCAGCCCCACCUCCCUCCACCGCGUCGGAGCAGCUCCUCCUCCCAACGGGAUCCCCGAGGGUGGUUUCGCAGCGGUCCGCGUUCCCCAACCCUGGGUCUGGAGCCCUUCGCUAACCUGGAGACUGGAGCUACUGACGGCUCCCAAAGGACACCCAGCCCCCCGCCCCCACCGCCACCUCCUCUCUGCUGGACCCCUGGGUUCUCGUGCCGGAAAACCCUAAGCAUGGAAGGGUCUGGAAGCAGAGGGGAGUGACUGCGACCGCUGACCGGGCACAUGCCUUAAAUAAACGAGCAAGCAAUGUCUUAAUUAUCCACCCUACAAGUAAAUACGGGUUUGUUACAUUAGAGGAUGUAUUUAUAUAAUUAUUUGUUAAAUUGUACAAAUGUGUACCAUAUGUAGAUAUCCAAAGCUAUACAACGUGUACAUGUUUUUUGUAAAAAGUUUAGAGGUUACCCCCUGUAAGAACAAAUAUAAGUAUUCUAUUUUGUCAAUAAAAUGACUUUUGAGAAG